GGUACGGGGUUCGAUACCCCGCAUCUCCAAUUCAGUUUAAGGAUUUUACGGAUUUUCACAUCUUUGCAGACUGCCACUGCCGAUCUACUCUAUAAAGUAUAAACAAAUUUCCCGCGCAAUAAUUCUGCAUAUAGUCGACCCACAAGCUAGGGUUUCUACUGAGCCAAAAAUCUUGGACAAACUCAGGUCCUCAAUGGAGGUCGCUCAAAUCGCUCAUCUGCUAAGCGAGACGCUCAGCCCUGAUGGUCACGUUGUUCGAACUGCUUCGGAAGCUCUCGAUCGCCUUUCUCAGCUCCCUGACUUCCCUUUUUCUCUCCUCUCCAUCGCCGCCGGAGGUGAAAAUCAUGGUCAAAAAGUUGCUGCUGCCACAUACCUUAAGAAUUUCACUAGGCGAAGUAUCAAUGAAGACGACACAUUGUCCUCAAAAGUCAGUAAAGAGUUCAAGGACCAGCUCAUGCAAGCUUUGCUUCAAGUUGAACCAGCAGUUCUAAAAGUUUUGAUUGAAGCAUUUCGAGCCAUUGUUGUUGCUGAGUUUGUGAAGCAGAAUUCCUGGCCUGAACUUGUACCUGAUCUACUGGCUGCUAUUCAAAAUAGUAAUCUUUUUAGCAAUACUGCUGACUGUAAAUGGAACACCAUAAAUUCCCUUACAGUUCUUCAUGCACUGCUUCGACCUUUCCAGUACUUUUUGAAUUCUAAAGUUGCUAAGGAGCCAGUGCCACCACAGCUAGAGCAGAUUGCUAAAGAAGUUCUAGUACCCUUGAUGGCCGUAUUCCAUCAUUUGGUUGAAAAGGCUUUAGCUAUCCAUGAUAGAACAGAAAUGGAAAUGGAGAAAAUCCUUCUCACUCUUUGCAAAUGCAUAUAUUUUGCUGUGAGAUCGCACAUGCCAUCUGCUUUAGCUCCUCUUUUGCCUUCUUUUUGUCGUGAUCUGAUUGCCAUUCUGGGUUCUUUGAGUUUUGAGUGUUCUGUUACCAUAGAAAAUGGAUACUUGAUGAGGCUGAAGACUGGAAAGAGAAGCUUGCUCAUUUUCUGUGCUUUCAUUAGCCGACACCGAAAGUACUCUGAUAAGUUGAUGCCAGACAUCAUCAACUGUGUUUUAAACAUAGUCAAAUAUAGCAAAAAGACCAGUGAGCUUAAUUUUUUACCAGAGAGGAUUGUUUCCCUAGCUUUUGAUGUGAUUUCACAUGUCCUGGAGACAGGCCCAGGAUGGAGAUUAGUUUCACCUCAUUUUACCUUUUUGUUGGACUCUGCAAUCUUUCCAGCAUUAGUACUGAAUGAGAAGGAUAUUUCAGAGUGGGAAGAAGAUGCAGAGGAAUACAUACGAAAGAAUCUUCCAUCUGAUCUUGUAUGGAAGUAUAUUGUAAUGUUUUCAAAAUACUUGUUCACCAUUUUGAUUAGCCAUCAUGUCACUGAUUCUAAUUAUGCACAGGAAGAAAUUUCUGGAUGGAGGGAGGAUUUGUUUACAGCUAGAAAAAGCGCAAUGAACUUACUUGGUGUUAUUUCCAUGUCAACGGUUACUACUCAGUAUUCCUCAAUAAAUGUCUUUGAACCAUCUCUCUUGACAGGCAGUGUUGUUUACGUUUUUUGUUUGGUGCCUCAGGGUCCUCCAAUGGGCAAUUCUAGUAAUGGUUCUUCAACUGCUUCAAAGCGCAAAAAAAGUGAAAAAAACAAGAGAUAUAGUCAGCGCCGUUUUAUGGGGGAGUUGUUUGUGCUUCCAUUUUUGUCAAAGUUUCCUAUUCCUUCUGAUGCAAAUGCAUCCCAACCUAAAAUUUUAAAUGAUUAUUUUGGUGUUCUGAUGGCAUACGGUGGUCUACAAGAUUUUCUAAGGGUGCAAGAACCUGGAUAUAUUUCAACUCUCGUUUAUACUCGGGUGCUUCCAUUGUAUACGAUAUGUGCAUGCCUACCAUACUUGCUUGCCACUGCAAAUUGGGUACUUGGAGAGCUUGCACCCUGUCUACGAGAAGAGAUGAGUGCAGAUGUAUAUUCUUCAUUGCUCAAGGCAUUGGCCAUGCCAGAUGAAGGGGAUACUUCUUGUUAUCCUGUCAGGGUUUCUGCUGCUGGCGCAAUUGCUGCACUUCUUGAGAAUGACUAUGCGCCACCUGAGUGGUUACCUCUUCUUGAAGUUGUGAUCGGUAGGAUUGGUAAUGGAGAUGAAGAGAGCUCUCUUUUAUUUCAGCUUCUUAUUUCCAUAGUGGAGGCUGUAGAUGAAAAUGUUGCAGUUCAUAUCCCAUAUAUUGUUUCAGCAUUGGUUGGUACAAUCACAAAGUUGAUACCUGCUAAUCCAGAGCCUUGGCCUCAAGUGGUUGAACGGGGCUUUGCAGCCCUAGCAGUAAUGGCUCAGUCCUGGGAAAAUUUUUUGCCUGAAGAACUUGAGCAGAAUGAACUUAGUGAAAAGUGGACAUCUGGCCGAGCUACUAUUGGCAGAGCGUUCUCUGCUCUCCUACAACAUGCUUGGCUCUCACCCAUGUAUCGAUCGGAUCAGGAAGGGGAGGGUUCUCAUACAGCAUCGUGCAUUGAUGAUUCAUCAACGUUGCUCUUGUCCAUUAUGCUCUCGGUUUCUGGAAGCAAUGUUCUUCUAGAGCUUAAAGUGUUGGAGCUAUUAUUAGUUUGGGCUAAUCUAAUUGCAGACUGUUAUGCAUGGGAUGAAUCAGAGAAUUUAUCUAUUUUUGACUGCAUUAAAGAUGUUGUGAAUCUACACAGCAAAUAUGGGCUUAAGAAUUUUCUUGUAGGAAGGAUGUCGUCCCCUCCAGCUCCACCUGUGCCUCAACGUUCUAUCAUUGAAGGCAUUGGUGGUUUUGUUAGUGAGGCCAUAUCACAAUAUCCAUCUGCAACAUGGAGUGCUUGCUCAUGUGUCCAUAUACUACUUCAUGUCCCGAGUUACUCUUUUGAUGCAGAUGGUGUGAAGCAAUCAUUGGUGAUUGCUUUCAGUCGAGCAGCAUUUUGCCGUUUCAGGGAAAUUCGAAGUAACCCUUGUUCACUGUGGAAGCCGUUGUUGGUUGCUAUAGCAUCAUGCUACUUAUGUUAUCCUGAUGUGGUGGAAGAAAUUUUGGAGAAGGGUGAAUGUGGUGGCUUCACAAUUUGGGCUUCUGCCCUGGGUUUUCUCCUCACUAGCUCCUACGAAUCUUGUCUGUCAGAAAAAUCCGAGAUAAAGUUGAUUGUGAUUGCACUUGCCCAGGUGGUUGAGCAGCUGGGACUAAGGAAGCCAAGCAGUGGUGUGUUGCGUGACUGCUUUACUUCACUGUUGGAGGCAUCUGCACGGCUGAAAGAAGUUCAGGAAGAAAAGGAAGAAGCUGAGCAAGAUGAUGAAGAGGAUGAAGACGAUGAAGAUGACGAAACCUCUGACUAUGAUGAGGAGUCUGAGCCCGAGGAACAAGAAGAAACUGAAGAAGAGUUUUUGGAUAGGUAUGCUAAAGCAGCUGUUGCAUUGGAAAAUGGUACAGUUAUUGAAGAGGGGGAUGUAGAAGAUCAAGAACAUGAGACUGAGUUGGGUAGUUUGGAAGAGGUUGAUGAGCGAAAAGUUGUGCUGUCAUUGAUUGAGAAAUACCAUCAUGCUCUCAUACAAGGACAGGCAUUACCAUUGGAGCUCAUUUCAAGGUUCCUGAACGCCUACCCUGAAUGUAGUUUAUACUUCCAGUAAUCCUGGUGAGUGGAAUUUAUUUUUUAUUUUUUAAGUUUCAUGUCAAGGUGUGUAGAGUUAAAAAGAGAAGCUUUUCGGUAAAGUUUUUGGGUUUGUAUUGUAAUCAGGGCUGUGAUAUGGUAUAGGAAAAUUUCUAAUCUAUUUUUUCUUUGUAAUUGUUUUGUUUGCGAUUCUAUUGAAGCAUUUGAUUAAG